AUGGGUUCAAGGUAUGGCACAAUCAUCAUGGGUCCUGCCGGUGCAGGGAAGACCACUUUUUCCUCCGCUCUCAUACAACAUCUGCGAAAUAACAAGCGAUCAUGCUACUACAUCAACCUUGAUCCAGCGGCCGAGGACUUCGUCUACGAACCUGACCUGGAUAUCAAAGACCUGAUCACCCUUGAAGAUGUCAUGGAAGAGCUGCACCUCGGGCCAAACGGCGGCCUGAUCUACUGCUUCGAAUUCCUGCUGGAGAACCUAGACUUUCUGACCGAUCCACUGGAGAAUGUCACGGAGGAGUAUCUAAUCAUCAUCGAUAUGCCUGGCCAAAUUGAGCUAUACACACACGUCCCGAUCGUACCGAGUCUGAUCAAGGCACUCACGAAAGGUAGUCUCAACAUCAGCAUGUGCGCAGCAUAUCUGCUAGAAAGCACAUUCAUCGUCGAUCGUUCAAAGUUCUUCUCGGGUACACUUAGUGCAAUGAGUGCCAUGCUGAUGAUGGAGCUCCCACACGUGAACAUACUCAGCAAGAUGGAUUUGGUGAAAGGUCAAAUGGCACGGAAAGAGCUGAAGAGGUACAUCGACCCGGAUAUCAGCUUAUUGCAAGACGCGCCAACGAGCGGUUUGGUAUACGAGUACAAGGAUGGGCUGGACAAUGGUGAUCCGACGGACGCACAGAAGGUCGUGUCCGGCGACUCAUUCGCCAAGCUGAAUCGUGCUGUGGGUCAGCUGAUCGAUGACUUCAGCUUGGUGUCGUUCCUAAAGCUUGAUGCGCAGGAUGAGGAUAGCGUAGGAGCGGUUUUGAGCUACAUCGACGAUGCGAUUCAGUUCCAUGAGGCGCAAGAACCACGGGAACCGAACGAUGAUCUAGGUGACGGAGAUAUGGGUGAAUAA